CCCGCCUUCUCCUGUCACCUCCGUCUCGGAGAGCGCCUAGGCGUUACCAGCAAAGGGCAGAUUUGGGGUAGGAAUCUCCCAGCGUCCGCCAGGGUGGAAUCUGAGGUUCUCGGUGGUAACGUUCAGAUAUGCCGCCCCACUCCCAAAACGAAAUGCAACCUCUCAGGAAGGGAAGUAGCCCAGUGCCCAGGGACAUUGAAUUUUACCAUGGGCUGCAGGGAGGUUUCUGGCUGGCCCGCUGGAGCACGGGGAGGUAAAGCCCUCUGCUCCCCGACCAUCACUGUGGUGUCUGGUCACUCCCGCCCUGGGGCUGGAUUGGAAGUGGCAGCCCAGCAAUGCAAGGCUACAUCCUCCAGGGGGGGCUGGCGGGCCGGUCGGGGCCAACCUGCUGUCGUGAAUUACAGGUGCUGUUCCGGAAGCUUUACGGCCCCAUGUGGAAAUCCACCUUUGGGAAGUACAAGAACGUGAACAUCGGGAGCCCGGAGAUCCUGGAGCAGCUGCUGAGGCAGGAGGGGAAAUACCCCAUGAGGAGCGACAUGGCCCUGUGGAAGGAGCAUCGGGAUAUCAGGCAGCUGCCCUACGGCCCGUUCACCGAGGAAGGGGAACGCUGGUACCGUCUGCGCCAGGUCCUCAACCAGCGGAUGCUGAAGCCGUCGGAGGCCAUGCUGUACGCGGGGGCCAUCAACGAGGUGGUGUCGGACCUGAUGGUCCGGCUGCAGACAGAGAGGGCGGGGAGCCCCUCGGGCGUCCUGGUGGGGGACGUGGCCAACCUGCUCUACAGAUUCGCCCUGGAAGGCAUCUCCUAUAUCCUCUUCGAGACCCGCAUCGGGUGCCUGGAGCAAGAGAUCCCCGCGGAGACGCGGCGCUUCAUCGACGCCAUCGGCCUCAUGCUGAAGAACUCCAUCUUCGCCACCGUCAUGCCCCAGUGGAGCCGGGAGCUGCUGCCCUUCUGGAACCGCUACCUGCAGAGCUGGGACACCAUCUUCGCCUUCGGCAAGAAGCUGAUUGACAGGAAGACGGAGGAGCUGGAGGGGCAUGUGGAGCGAGGCGAGCAGGUGUCGGGCUACCUGAGUUACCUGCUGGCCAGCGGCAGGCUGACGCCGGAGGAGGUGUACGGCAGCGUGGCCGAGCUGCUGCUGGCCGGCGUGGACACGACGUCCAACACCUUGUCCUGGGCCCUCUACCACCUGGCCAGGGCCCCAGAGACCCAGAUCUCCUUGUACCAGGAGGUGAACAGUGUCGUGCCCAGAGAGCGGAUCCCCGGUGCCGAGGAUCUCGCCAAGAUGCCGCUGCUCCGGGCCAUUAUCAAGGAAACGCUCAGGCUGUACCCCGUGGUCCCCACCAACGCCAGGGUCAUGGUGGAGAAGGACGUCGUCAUUGGAGGCUAUCACUUCCCGAAGAACACUCUCUUCGUCCUGGCUCACUACGCGAUGGCGCACGACCAGAGCAGCUUCCCGGAGCCCGAGCGCUUCCUGCCCCAGCGCUGGCUCCGGGGCCACGGCUCCGCCCACCACCCCUUCAGCUCCAUCCCCUUCGGCUACGGGGUCCGCGGCUGCGUGGGCCGGCGCAUCGCCGAGCUGGAGAUGCACCUGGCUCUGGCCAGGAUCACCCGGACGUUCGAGCUGCGGCCGGACCCCCAGGGCACGGAGGUGAAGUCUGUCUCCCGCAUUGUCCUGGUGCCCAACAAGCCCAUCAACCUGCAGUUCAUUGCCCGGCCGCCGGCCCCCUGAGCGCACCCACCCUGCAUUGCUCCUCCCCUCUCCUGGGCCUGCCGGGCAGGACGGGUCUGCCCUGGGCCCGGCUCUCUCCCCGUCAGGCCCUGGUGACGGCAGCUGCCCACGGGUCAGGCUGGAGGUGGGAUCUCGGCUGGCAGGGGCGGGGCAGCCGUGGGGUCUCAACGUAGCUGGAAUCAGUGGGUGUUCCUGGGCCUGUCGCUCUCCAACGUUACAGGGGGUUGAACAGGGUCUGGGGACCUCACACCACCCCAAAGAGCAGCUUGCCCCCCUCUCCCUCGCCCUGAUCUCCCCCUGCCCCGGGGCUGCCCGUUCCUGGCUGGGGGAGUGCAGGGCUGGGGGGAGGGAGGGGUUGUGGGUUUUGCCCAGGGAGAAGCCCCAAUGUGCCCCCGCUGCUCUAGCGCCACCUAGGCCCUCCCCCACUGUCAUAAACAUACAGCUCCGGGGAGCAUCAAAUCCCUCCUUUACCUGUAAGGGGUUAAGAAGCUCAGAUAAUC